GAUAGGAGACAUCAUAGAAUCAAGCUGUACAUUUAGUGAGCUAUAGAGCAGAUGGGCUCCAGCAAGUCUCCAGGCUGGUUCAUUCCCAGUACCAUAAGUCAAAUGUUACUAUCCACCACCCAAAGGAAGAUCUUCCAAUACGUGAUCUUUAAGGUGGAUACCAGAACUAAACCUGAUAGCAUCUUGGCCAAGGGCCAACUGGUGAUGUCCUCCCAUGAAACACACUGACUUGAAAAUCUCUCUCUGAACUGACCAACUGAUUUUUAUGACCAUGUGACUGCAAGCAUUCCAAGUCAGGACUUCAGCUUUUCUCCAAGAAGCCAGGAGAGUGAGUCAUGAAAGUACAGAAUUCUGUCCAAGAUAUUCUCUCUGAAACAGAAUAAAUUUUGUUAUGAACCCAGCUAUUUUUACUGGGGAUCAAUUAAAUUAGACAGUUGUACUUUUUUUUUGUCAACAUCCAGAAUAUUCUGAACAAAGCUAUAGCAUGGAACAAACUGAGUUCCCCUUUCAUCUUGAAAACCUUGUGAACCUCAGGAAGACAAACUGUGCACACACUGUUAUAAAGACCAAAGCCAGCAAGACACUUCUUUGGCAGAGCUGUCUGAUUCCAGCACAAGGAAAAGUUCUUUCAUUUCUCUAGCUGCUAUGGAAACCCAGCCAACUUUUUUUCCAGCACGAAAUGUAAACUCAUUAAGGACGUCUGGACAAUGUGUACCCACAAUGUCUGACUUGGAAGGCCUAAUGGAACGUCUAGAAAAAGCUGUGAUACGACUUGAAAGUGUGUCAUCCAAGCUACAAAGAUCACCUUUAACCGAGGAUAACAUUGUGAAUGGGCUUAAUGGAGGUGUGCCACCCUCUUUAGAGGCCUUUGACAUUCUACUGACCAGUGUUGUGACCAGGUAUCUCAAGAACAGUAGGGACAUAGGAGAAGAUGUGGAGAAACAUGCUGAAAUGGUGAAUGCUGCUUUCCAAGUGCAAAGAAGCUUUCUGAAACUGGCCAGUUUACACCAGCAGCCACCUGAGGCUGAAAUGGUGAAUGCUGCUUUCCAAGUGCAAAGAAGCUUUCUGAAACUGGCCAGUUUACACCAGCAGCCACCUGAGGUGUCGCGCUUCACCCCACCUAAGCUGAUCAUUUCCUUCUCUAAUGUUUUUCUGCUUCAGUCACAAAAACCAGGUCCUUAUGUCAAAGAGAUGAAUGAUGCAGCCAUUUUUUAUACUAACAGGGUGUUAAAGGAUUACAAAGACAGUGAUAAGCGACAUGUAGACUGGGUAAAGUCAUAUCUGAAUAUCUGGACAGAGCUGCAAGCCUACAUCAAAGAGCACCACACUACAGGGGUGGCUUGGAGCAAGAGUGAAUACCAGGAUGGGUCAAAUGAUCUUGUCAUAUCUGAAACUGAGCUGAAACAGGUGAUAUACAUCUUCAAGUGCAGUAAUUCCACACUACAGAUAAAAGGCAAAAUCAAUUCCAUUAUUGUUGACAAUUGCCAGAAGCUUGGCCUGAUAUUUAACAAUGUGGUUGGCAUUGUGGAGAUAAUAAACUCAAGAGAUGUUCAAAUACAGGUAAUGGGGAAGGUGCCAUUAAUUUCUAUUAACAAAACAGAAGGCUGCCACGUGUACCUCAGUGAAGAAUCUUUGAACUGUGAGAUUGUGAGUGCCAAGUCUUCAGAAAUGAACAUUUUGGUGCCAUUGGAUGGUGAUUAUAGAGAAUUUCCUGUUCCUGAGCAGUUCAAAACAAUCUGGGAUGGAUCAAAGCUGAUCACAGAACCAACUGAGAUUGCUGGCUAAUUUCAUUUUUAUGAUUCUAAUUAAUACUUUCAAGUAGAAAUUUGAAUGAGUUUUGUAGUUGGAAUCUGAGGAUUCUAAAUAUAUUAAUAGCUGAUAUUAAAAUGUUUAUUUUAUAACUGCUAUACUGAUAUUUACAUUUCACUCUUUCUUAAUAAAUAAAUAAUAAAAUAAUUAAGUUUUUUGAUGCAUGAGAAACUUUUUGUUAUGUAAAUUUUCUGUCCUGCAUUUUUAGGUUUCGAAUGAACAAAUGAAAACUGUAGAAUUUGUUCUUUCUCUCCAAAGCACUUGGCUGUACAAAUAUAAGAAUAGUCUAAAAUGACUUCCUGUUUAUAGAUUAUUGUUACAAUCUUAGUGGGAAUUUACUUCAUAAUUGAGCCAAUGUCCUGAUGUGAAAAUGAGGUCAUGUCUUUACUGUGUUUUUUAUUUACAAUUUCAAUGUCUUCUUCACUGAAGAUACUUAUAUUUUAUGAAGUCUCAAUUAUUUGACAUUUUUAUUUGGGUUUUAAUAUACUUUUAAAGCGCUCUACAAUGUUUUAUCUUUGGCACAUAUCUACUUCCAUUGUGGUGUCAGUUUGGUAACUACUUACAGCCUAGAUAAAUCUAGGCUGAAAACCUGAUUUAUCUAAUUCUCCAUGAAAACAAGUGCAACUUCUUCAUAACAUGAACAAAGUUAACAUCAUAGUGAGUUUGGAUGUACAGAAGUUCAAUGAAGUCAUGAAGUUGUCAGUCUUCACACUAUUGAUGUACAAAAUAACUCUUAUUCUGAAGUCCUGUGUUUGAAAGUGUCAAUUUAAUAAAGGUUAUUUUAUCAGAUUGGUGGCUGUUGUAAUAAAACAUUUCAGUUGAGAAUUGUG